AGUUUCCAUAGAAACAUCACAGGCAGUCGCCAUUUUGUCGGCAGGUUUUUUUGAACCUUUCAAAUGUUUUCGCUUCCCGCCGGAAUAAUACAGUCGUAUAAUCCAAAGUGACGGCUCUGGGUGAAGAAAUCUUUCGACUGUUAUGGAGUAAGGCGUUUUCGGAACAAACGUUUGGAUAUGUUCGAGGUAGAUUAAGCGGCACGGAGCUCUCCUGGCUAACGUUAGUAGCCGUGUCUGGGGUCCGCCGGGCCGGUCCGCUGCGCAGGUUUGGAGCGCGCGCCAUUUUGUGAAAAUUGACAUAUAAUCUUGGUGGAAAAGUGAAAUUUUAAAUAUAACGACAUGUUCAUAGUGCACGAUGUAUGUGCACGCGCAGCAGGUUUACCGUUGUUAACGGCGCACUUUUUGAAAGUGUUUUUUCUAAUCCGUGCCUGAACGAUAGCCACGGAAACGUUCUCACUUUUGAACGAAAGCUAGCAGCGGAAGCAGGAGCACUAGCCUUUAGCUGGUUAGCUACAUUUGUCAAGUCAACGACGGUUAACGAUACCUAGCUAAUAACAUUAGUGUACUAUAUACAGCGGUCGUUUGUCUGUCCCGCUAUGGCUGAUGUUAACAAUCAGCGUGACGUUGGAUUGGUUUUGCAGUUUGACGCCUGUCACUUAGCUUGUUAGCUACGCUGUGUUUCGGAGUGCCUCAGUCAGUGAACGCGUCGUAACCAACGUUACAGAAGCUGGAUCAUUGGCUUUACUUUUCCGGAUCUGGGCCUUUAAAUGAAGAUCACAUCAUUAAAGGGGGAGAGACCUCAGCAUGCCAACCCUGGUCUGGCCGGCUUGCACACUCUUUUUCUUUCAAUGCUGCUGGGUUUCACAUGGCUGCUCCGAUGCCUCAUUCACACCCACAGCACAGUGACUGUCACCAGCAGAGUACAGAGCAGUCUGGCACUGUACUACCAUACAGUGACCAGACACAAGCGCUCACUGCCAAUCAGAGGCACAUGCCCCAGUGUUUCCGUGUGCCAACUGCAGCUCCUUUGAGGAAGCUCUCUGUUGACUUAAUCAAAACCUACAAACACAUUAAUGAGGUGUAUUAUGCAAAAAAGAAAAGACGGCAUCAACAGGGUCAUUGUGAGGACUCCAGCCAUAAGAAAGAGAAGAAAGUAUUCAAUGAUGGCUAUGAUGAUGACAAUUUUGAUUACAUUGUUAAGAAUGGAGAGAAGUGGAUGGACCGUUAUGAAAUCGACUCUUUAAUAGGAAAGGGUUCAUUUGGACAGGUUGUUAAAGCUUAUGACCGAGCUGAGCAGGAAUGGGUAGCAAUCAAAAUCAUCAAGAACAAAAAGGCUUUUCUGAAUCAAGCUCAGAUUGAAGUGCGGCUGCUGGAGCUCAUGAACAAACAUGAUACAGAAAUGAAAUAUUACAUAGUUCAUCUGAAGCGGCACUUCAUGUUUCGGAAUCAUCUGUGCUUAGUGUUUGAAAUGUUGUCAUACAACCUGUAUGACUUGUUACGAAACACAAACUUCAGAGGGGUUUCUUUGAACCUGACCCGGAAAUUUGCCCAGCAGCUCUGCACUGCACUGCUGUUUCUUGCCACUCCUGAACUCAGCAUCAUCCACUGUGACCUCAAGCCAGAGAAUAUCCUAUUAUGUAACCCCAAGAGAAGCGCCAUUAAAAUAGUGGAUUUUGGAAGCUCCUGCCAACUGGGACAGAGGAUAUAUCAGUAUAUCCAGAGUCGAUUUUACCGCUCCCCUGAAGUGCUGUUAGGAAUGCCAUAUGAUCUGGCAAUAGACAUGUGGUCACUGGGGUGCAUACUGGUGGAGAUGCAUACAGGAGAGCCUCUGUUCAGUGGAGCCAAUGAGGUGGACCAAAUGAACAAAAUUGUUGAAGUCCUUGGUAUCCCACCUAGUCACAUAAUGGACCUAGCACCAAAAGCCAGAAAGUUUUUUGAGAAGUUGUCAGAUGGGUCGUGGAGCGUUAAGAAGACCAAAGAUGGGAAAAGGUACAAACCCCCAGCUUCUCGUAAACUUCAUACCAUUUUGGGGGUGGAGGCUGGUGGACCUGGCGGUCGAAGAACCGGCGAAUCUGGCCACGCAGUGGCUGACUACUUGAAGUUCAAGGACCUUGUGCUCAGAAUGCUGGACUAUGACCCCAAGACUCGAAUCCAGCCCUAUUAUGCGCUCCAGCACAGCUUCUUUAAGAAGACUGCAGAAGAGGGAACGAACACAAGCAGCAGUGUUUCAACAAGUCCUGCUCUUGAGCAUUCGCAGUCCUCAGGGACCACUUCUAGUACAUCCUCAAGUUCAGGAGGAUCAUCUGGAACAAGCACCAGUGGCAGAGCGAGGUCUGAUCCCACUCAUCAUCAUCGGCACAGUGGGGGGCACUUUAGCACAGCAAUGCCAAGCAUGGACUGUGACAACCUCCGUGCUCAGAAAAGACAGCCUUACCAUCCUCCUCUAGUAUGGACUGAUGGUGUAGGCUCUGAAGCUGUCACUGUAGAGACACAUCCAGUGCAGGAGACAACCUUUCAUGUGCCUCCCCAGCAUCCUAAAGCAUUACACCCUCAUCACCACCACCAUCACCAUCAUCAUCAUCAUCAUGGACAGGUCAUAACAGCGUUCCCUCGGUCACGGCUCUACAACUCGCCCACCAACAGCGCCUCAACACAGGACUCCAUGGAGGUUGGGCAUGGCCAUCUGUCCAUGACAUCGCUGUCUUCCUCUGCCUCCUCUUCCUCCACCUCUUCCUCUUCCACAGGAAACCAUGGCCACCAGGUGUACCAGUUCCGCCAGGGGCCUACCACAGCCCUGGACUUUAGUCGAAUUGGGAGCAUGGGGUUGGGUGCCUUCUCAAAUCCCCGCCAAGAAACUGGCAUUGCUGGACAUCCACCGUACUCUGUUCCCUCUAACACGGGACCCGGGCACUUCAUAACAGAAGGACAUUUGGGAAUGAGACAAGGCGUUGAUAGAGAUGAGUCUCCGAUGACUGGAGUCUGCGUUCAGCCGAGCUCCAUGGCUAGUUCGUGACUAAUCUGAAAAUGUUUUGUUUUCUGUAUGUGGUUAUUAUGACUAUUUUUUCUAGGUGAUAUUUUCCUUUUCUCCUAUUUUUAAAUGGUGCAUAGAGAACAAAAAGCUGCUCACUUUUUAGGGGAGAUAUCACUGAAACGCUACAACUGAAGAGUAUUUAAAGUAUAUGUAUUUCAAAUCUCUCUCUGUUUUUUUUUUUUUGUUUGUUUGUUUUGGGGUUUUUUUUCCACUUAAUACACGCAUUUGUAAUACUGCAAAAUGACCAUCAUAAGAUUGCAUCUGCCAGUUCACUCACUAUACAUGGAACUCAUGUCCCACUUAUUGUUCAUUAAUUUUAUAAAAUCCUUUUUUUUGUUUGUUUGUUGUUGUUUUUUUUUUUUUUUUAAGUAUUUCUAAGCCAAGAACUGCCACAUAGCUCUCUACAUGUAAAGCAAUGCAAAAAAAUCCAUUUUACAUUCCAACAGUGAAACUUUGGCUUUUUUUUUUUUUUUCUUAUUAAUUUAUUUAGCCUUUAUUUGAAACCUCUCAAAGGAGCUGUGUGUUUAAAACCUGUAGUGUGUGCAGGAAGAAGUACUCGCAGUGGUCUUUGGUGUUGUCUGUAUUGUGUAACUGUGAGAAGCGUGUGCUCAGGCUGCGGGAGCAGAACGAGCUGCAGUAGUGUUCAGAGAGACACAUCUCACUAUGUGUUCCAGUUAUGGAGAAGAUGCACUGAACGGGGUCAGAUACAGAUUAAGGGUUCUUGUUAAGAGCCCUGUUGGCCUUAUGCUUUUUGAAUAUGAAUAUUUGAAUGAAAAGAACAUGGACAAAACUGUUCAGAUAAAAACAACUUUCCUCUCUUUUUAACAUAAAUGAUAAUUAUUUAGAGGAAUUCUGAGUAGAGUUAAAAAGUAAUCAAGAGGUUAUAAAGAGGCCUUUAUUAAACAAAGGACUUAAGGGACUCAUAAUUACAGGGUCAUAUUUAAUUGUGAAUUCCUAUAAUUUUUUUCUUAUCAAAGUAGGAUUUCACAACAGAGUUAGUCAGCCCUAUAUGAGAUGCUUGAUUUUAUUACAUUUUUUUUUCCUUUUGAUUGUACACUUUCCAUUGAACACUGUUUACUUAAAUUUGCUUAUUCACUUGUUAGUACAGAAAUUUUUGCUGAAAUUUGUGACUGCCUUUCUCCCCUCUUGAAUUAUGCUGUGAACUUUACACAUUUUUUUAAAUACCAAAGUAAUUGGGUUUUUUUAUGGUUCUGUAACCAACAAUGUAGCAGUUCACCACUCCAACACAGUGUUUUAUUAAAUGAUCAGUUUUGUCCAUACUAAAUGUCUAUCAACUACUUUUGCAAGAUGGAAAUUUGCAAAGCUUGGUUGAAUUGUUGUUUGGUUAAAAAUCAAAAUGAUUGUUGUUUAUAAUUUCUUUUUUUUUUUUUUUAAAUUCUUUUAAACAUCAACCAUUUGGGAGCUUAGCUUGGCACAACACUGCUGCUCUGCAGGCUACGGAGUAGCUGUUAAAAAUGGGUGGGAGGCAAAGGGGGAAAAGGGUUUUUUUUUUUUGUCAGUUGGUGGGUGAUGCUACUUUUUCUACUUACUUUGGAUGACAUGCUGAUUUUUACCGAAGUACCAUACUUUAGCUCAAACAUUCAGACAGUCUACUGUAGCUACAAGUUGAGUUUGUCGAACAUUUAUUUGGUGCUUGUUUCCCAUAUACUGUUUAAACAGAUUCAAAAUAUGGCACUGAGGGCAUAUGGGCAUAUGCAUGUUUCCAAGAGUUUUCAAGAUCACUUUGCAGUCAAAAGAAGCAAUUGUUAAUUAAUUGCAUAAGCAAUCUCACCCACACUUUAUAGUAUGCCAGGUUGUGAAUUGUUCUUCACCCGUGCUCAAAAUUUUGCAUCGGGUUUUAAACUAAGACCAACUCCAUGCGUAUUACCAAUGAAUCUUUAGUGUCCUGCUUCAGAAUCUGCUAACAGGACACUACUGAACAUGAAAGUGGUGUUUAUUUUGCUGAAGGCAUCUUUACCCUCUUAUAAAACAAAUAAUGUUUGCUAUAUUUACGUAUUCUGAGAAGAGUAAUGGUGAUGAGAAAAUGCUUCAUAUAAAUGUUAAAUGGCUUUUAAAAUAGUUUUUAUAAAUGAUCCCAUUUGAGUGGGAAACACAGCAAUUUGCUGAGCUCAAAACAUUCCAAAAUAAACCUGGAAAAACUAAACAUAUUUAAGUGUCUACCUGUUAAAGCUCUCGGAUUUAGUGUCGUUUCCUGAAAUGCAGCCCCUUUUUAAUAGUUGAAAUAGACUUGAUGUAUAUAUAUAUUUAUAUUUUUUAAUAAAGGAAAUACAGAAUUCGCUACAUUUCUCCUGGUAUAUAAUUACAACUGGUUUGGCUAUUACUGUUAAGAGGUAUUUUCCUUGGGUCAUAAGUAUAAAAAUGUUUUCAGCAAGCAUUAGAUUUCAUCUAAAUUGUUCUAGUAUAGAGGGGAAAAAUGUUUUUCACCAUCUUACACCCUUUUAUUAAAAAAAAAAAAAAAAAAACAGUAGGAAUGCUGAUCUGACUAUAAAUGAGGAACAAAUUUGGUCUUGAAUCCACACUUUUACUCUGUGGUACUUUGUGUUGAUGGUCCAGGAUCCCAAACCCACUGUAGCGUGUUAUUCUUACCAUUUAAGUUUGUGUGUGUGUGUGCACGCUGUAAUCUUUUUUGGAAACUCAGCUCUGAAUGCUGGCGGAGCCUGGUCAAGUAAUGUUGUCCCCUACCUAUUAAUGAGAUGAAAAUUAUGUUGGCUUUUUCAUUUAAAGAGCAAGUCAUUUUAACAAAGAGAACCAAUGCCUAUUUGACGGUCCUUGAAGUGUUAAGAUGCAAUAAAUAAAUAAAGGGAAGUGUAAAUAAA